AUGGCCCUCAGACCCAUUUCCCCGCAAAUAGCACUGCCCGGUGUGACUCCAGAUCCCUCGGUCCGCGCCUAUAUCGAUGAUGCCCUCACGGCCCUUAUCCGAGAGCUCACAUCGUCGCCAGCAGACAGUCAGCCAUCCAUCACUCUCCGCUGCAGAGUCGACCCAGAAAACUGCAUUAUCAACCCGAUCAAUGGGGCUCUGGAAGCUGUUCAGCGGAAGGAAUCCUACCGCACAUACUCCUGGCCGGGUAACACUGCUUAUGAAUCGUGGAAAUUCACGGUGAUCAUCCGAGUUUUGUCGAUGAUCGACCAAGCUUUGCGGGAAGGGAGAUUGAUAUCCAAAAGGGAUAUCUAUUACAUCGAUCCUGCAUACUUUCAGUCCCAGGCUACAGUGAACAGUGUUAUUGACGACCUCGCUUACACCAUUGGAGUGAACCGGCUGGCUUUGAACGUGGAAGCCGCAGGUAAAGGGUUGGUGGCAGGCACUUUACGCCUAAUACGAGAGUCACGAGUUGUCUUGAAUGCCCAAUCUGUUUCUGAGGAUAGCCUCAUCCCGCGCAUACAAGAUACCGACGAGAUUGAUGUAUCAAACGCCCGCUGGAUACUUGUCAUUGAAAAAGAGGCAGUGUUCCAUCGACUAGUUCGGAACAGCUACCAUAUCAGAGCUCUUGCCGGGGAAGGAAUUCUGAUUACCGGGAAAGGAUACCCUGACAUCUGCACCCGACGAUUCCUCCAUCGGAUUUUCGAAGCCGAGACCAACCGCAACCAAAGACGACUUCCUUUCUACGCGCUAGUUGACGGCGAUCCACAUGGCCUUACAAUCAUGUCGACUUACAAGUAUGGAUCGCUGGCGCAUUUACACAAGAACGCAGAGCUAAGCCUUCCACCACUACAAUGGCUGGGUCUCAAAAUCGCCGAUGCUGCCGAUGAAACGCAAAACUCCAGUGGGGAGCUAUCCUUCUUUUUGGCGGCGCGGGAUCGCAAGAAAAUAGUUUCUAUGCUUCGUCGGAGCCCGAUCUGGGCGAGUGAUGGUGUCGAGCCGGAAUGGUGCGCUGAACUUCAGCGAAUGUUGAUGCUCAAUGUCAAGGUGGAGAUCGAGAAGCUCUAUGACGAUGGCGGUAGUCUUGAGGAGUGGAUUGAUCGCAAAAUGUUUCGACAGAGAUGA